GAUAUUAGGAUUUCAUGAUACGUACCUAAUAUAAAUUAUUCUUUUUUGGCAUUGUCUAAAACGAAAAUUUCUAAGAGAAUUCUAAGUAAUGGAUAAAACAAUUCAAUUCGAGUUACAAUAGAGUAAUCAUACAUAAAAUAAGAAUAAUAAAAAUCUACACUGUCAAAAAUCUUGAACCUGUGCAUUUCAAACUAUUUCAAGAAUCGUAUGAUGCAAUAAAUAACAAAACUACGAAAUAACAAUUCACACAUAAUAUACAAUCAAACCAAAAAUAAAUGUUAAAAAAAUUAACAAAUAUAAAAAUUGCCAAGUACCAUUUAUUAUGAAGUUAUAUGAAGAUUAACACAUGUUUGAUGAAGUUAUAAUUACUAUUAUGCUAAUUGCCAAGUACCAUUUAUUUUAAAAAUUCUAAUCAGAAGUUACUUAGAUUACAUGAUUUGUUUUAUUUUCAAACAUAAUAGUAAUAUAUUUAAGCCUCAAACAAAUAUGUAUAACUUUAAAUAGUAAUGAUAACUAUUAAAUUUUUGUGUAGUCUACCUGACUUAAAUAUAUUUCCAGUUAGAAUGAAUCAAACUUCGCAACUUAUUACUUACAACUUCAUCAAACUAUGCACUUAUUACUUAUAACUUCAUGAAAUUCUUCGAGCAAUUUUUAAAAACUAAUUUAAACUAUUACAGUAGUUAAACUAAAACACACAUUAAAAGAAAAAAAAGAUAUAAUCUCUUAUAAAACUUUUAAUAAUUAAUAAGUACAAUUUUUAGAAUAAAUAGAUAAAUUGUUUUAGUAAAAAUCAUGAAAAUUAAUUUUAGUUUCAGUUAAAAAUAAGUUAAACAUAUUAAGUAAUUUUUAUUGUUUAUUUCUCGUCCGUAGGAUCGGGCCUACCCUAGUAGUUACAUAUUUUAAAGUAGAACAAAUUUUUGGGUUAAAGAAUGUGUUAUUUUCAGAUUUUUCUUUAUGUUCCCUAAGCUUUUAGUACGAAUACCAAUUAGUCAAAAAAAAUUAAGAAAAUAAUUGGCGAAGUAACAUUUCAACAAAUUGACAUGUAUUGAUGUUAUGUUGACAAAAAAAAGACAUGUAUUGAUAAAUUAUUUAUAGAGUUAAUUGGUGAAGAAAGUAUGGAUCAUUUUAAAUGCUUAUUUCUUUGACGGAACGUACGAAUAUUAUGAAAUUUCACAAACGCGGCCAAACGAGACUGGAAAGGCAAAGCAGCAUUCUCCUAUUGACUGAGUUUGACCUUUCAGUCCAAGGAACAUUCUCUACUUAUUUCGUUUCAUUUUAAUAACCUAUAGUUAUUUGCAUAUUUUAUUCGAUUGUUCUUGUACGGUUUCAUACAAUUUCUAUAUUCUGAUAUACAUAUUAUUGCAUUAGUAGGUUCUUUUCAGACCAGAGAUCACCGCUUGGGGAGAUCUGGUAGUUAUAAAGAACAAAUGAAACAAGUAAAAGUGAAUGUAAGACAGUACGCUACUGGUCAAAAAACACAAACUGGUUGAAUAGAAACAAAAGUAGAAAAACAUAGAACUUUAUUUUUUCUUCAGACAGCUCUAAAACUUUGUCUAGACAGCCCUAUCAUAUCAGACAUACAGUAUACUCUGGUGGUCUUUCGGUGGAACUUAUUUGACUUCACAUAUUUGGCUGCCACUGUUCACUGGCCACACCUAAUCACUCCUCUCUUCUUUAUAAUGAUCAAGAUCUACAUCUUCUUUUUCCAUUACUUUCUCUUUCAUUUUCUGUAAAAUACAAGUAGUCAUUAUCUUUGAAUGUGACGUUUUUUUAUUUGGUUUAUAUAUGGGAUAUUUAUGAGUAUAGUUCCAAAUCUUACUAAAUCAGAGAAAACUAUGAAUAAUCCAAGAUCAGUUAAUUCUUCAGCUUCUCCGGCGAACCUAGAUCUCGUGGAAAACCAGCGUCAGUCAAGUUCUGGAGAGUUUUCAAGAAUAGAGAAACGAAACGGAGCGACGAAGAUAACGUUUCACUCCAAGUCUAUGCCCCGAGGUUGCAAUGACAAGAAGUAUGACCUAUUCAGGACCAUGUCAGGGAAGCUCGAACGUCAAAUAUCAAAUCUCCGUGGAAAACCCAUUGACACUUCGUUGCAGGAUAAAGAGAUCACUGAAUCUCUAACCGCUGAGAGAUUCUUAGAGGCUCUUCAAGGCCCUGAACUUGAAACUCUCAAGGAGAUGGAGAAGAUAGUGUUGCCUGAGGACAAAACAUGGCCAUUUCUUCUUAGGUUUCCAGUAACAUCGUUCGGGAUGUGUCUUGGAGUAAGCAGUCAAGCCAUCAUGUGGAAAACCUUAGCAACCACAAAGGCCGAGAAGUUCUUACAUCUCACGCAAGUAGUCAACCACGUCCUUUGGUGGAUUUCACUCGUCCUCCUCGUCUCCUUCUCCAUCACUUACCUCUUCAAAACCAUCUUCUUCUUCGAGGCGGUGCGCCGCGAGUUCAAGCAUCCCAUCCGAGUCAACUUCUUCUUCGCUCCUCUCAUAUCAGUCCUCUUCUUGGCACUUGGUAUCCCACACUCCAUCACCUCGAGUCUCCCCUCUAUACUUUGGUACUUCUUUAUUGCUCCGAUCUUGCUUCUUGAGAUGAAGAUUUACGGACAGUGGAUGUCUGGUGGACAACGACGCCUCUCCAAAGUUGCUAACCCUACAAACCACCUUUCCAUCGUGGGUAACUUCGCCGGAGCACUUCUCGGAGCAUCACUGGGGUUGAAAGAAGGACCGAUGUUCUUCUUUUCCGUAGGGUUGGCUUAUUAUUUGGUCUUGUUCGUGACUCUCUAUCAGAGACUUCCCACGAACGAAACCUUACCUAAAGAGCUUCACCCUGUCUUCUUCCUCUUUGUCGCUGCACCGGCUGUAGCUUCCAUGGCUUGGACCACGAUAUCUGCGUCUUUCGAUAUUGGCUCGCGCAUCGCUUACUUCAUCUCCUUGUUCUUGUAUUUCUCUCUGGUUGUUCGGAUUAACUUUUUCCGCGGAUUCAAAUUCUCCUUAGCUUGGUGGGCUUACACGUUUCCAAUGACAGCGGUGGCCACAGCGACGAUAAAAUACUCAGGGGAAGUCAACGGAUUAGCAACUCAGAUACUGGCAGUUUUGAUGUCAGGAGCAGCAACUCUAACGGUGAUAGGUGUCCUGGUAUUGACAGUGGUGCACGCUUUUGUCAAACGUGAUCUCUUCCCCAAUGACUUCGCUAUUGCAAUAAGUGCAGAGCAACCAAAGCAGAAGAAAUGGUUGAAACAGCUCAUAAAUGGAAGUUUGGAAAAUAGUACGAGAGGUCUCAAGGUUUUGGACCCGGAAGAUACUCGAAUAGAUAUAGAAGCCCCUCCUUUAUCAAAUGCAGUGUGUCACACGGUUUAGUUAGCCAAAAAGAGAGGUAUGAAACAAAGUAUACGCAGUUGAUAAAAAUAAAAUCAAAGUAUAAGUCACACGGUUGCAGCUUCGUCAGAAGACACAAGAAGGUUUACCAAGACAGCUCCACCAAACAGCUAGAUCUAUUUCAGCAAAGUCAGUCCCUUGCUUGAUUCUACCGGCUGACUUGCAAAGAAACUCUAUGAUCAGAUGGCUCAUAACUCAUGAGCAGGUUGUAUCAUGAGAGGUAGAAAAAUCCAUGCUCGUUUUAUUCUUCUUGUCAUUUGUAUCUUUGUAAUCUUCAUACCUUGAAAUAUAUUACAAUUUAUUUGGAAUGGUGUACUUAAAAGAA